AUGGGUAUCAAUCUUUUCUGGGCUACUGAAACGACAACAUCUGAAGCCUCAAACCGUCUCCCGGGGGCCUUUCGGGGAGUGCCCAUAUUGGAAUUAGCCUCAGUUUGCAUAAACUUGACACUGUUUCUCGCGUUCCUGUUAAUUGUCACUGCAAGGCUGAUUUUCGCGUGUUUGGACCGGAUUGGAGUUCGAAAAGAGGACUCAAAUGGGAAUAGGGUGGCCAUUAGGCACAGAGGAGCUGUUGAAGGUGAAGAAAUUCAGAGUGCCGUGAUUGGUAAAGACUACAAAGCUUCAGUAUUUUGUUGUGUUUAUGUUUUGUUUGUGCAAGUUUUGGUAUUGGUGUUUGAUGCUGUUGGUUUAGUGAGGGGUGCUGCAAGGGGAAAGGGUAAUAAUUCAGAUUGGACGAUAUUGUUACUUCCUGCGUCUCAGGGUUUAGCUUGGAUUGGGCUUAGCUUUUCAGCUCUGUAUUGCAAAUACAAGACUGCUGAGAAAUUCCCAUUACUGUUGAGAAUUUGGUGGAUUGUUUCCUUUUUAAUUUGUCUGUGUACUUUGUAUGCUGAUGGUAAGGGAUUUCUGACUGAAGGGUCAAGCCAUUUGAGUUCUCAUGUUUCGGCCAAUUUUGCUGUUACUCCGGCUCUUGCUUUUCUAUGUUUUGUUGCAAUUAGGGGUGUUACCGGAAUUCAAGUGUGCAGGAACUCUGAUCUUCAAGAGCCAUUGCUUCUUGAAGAAGAAGCAGGGUGUCUUAAGGUUACCCCUUAUAGUGAAGCUGGCCUUUUUAGUUUGACCACUCUUUCCUGGUUGAAUUCACUUCUUUCCAUAGGGGCAAAGAGACCGCUUGAGCUUAAGGAUAUUCCAUUACUUGCACCAAAAGAUCGUUGCAAGACGAAUUAUAAGAUAUUGAACUUGAAUUGGGAGAAGUUGAAGUUGGAGAAUCCUUGUAAGCAGCCUUCUUUAGCUUGGGCAAUUCUCAAAUCUUUCUGGAAGGAGGCUGCUUGUAAUGCAGUAUUUGCAGGAGUAAACACUUUAGUUUCAUAUGUGGGUCCUUAUAUGAUUAGCUACUUUGUGGAUUACUUGGGAGGGAAGGAGACUUUCCCGCAUGAAGGUUACAUUCUUGCAGGAAUUUUCUUCACUGCGAAAUUAAUAGAGACCUUAACAACCCGGCAAUGGUAUCUUGGAGUCGACAUUUUGGGAAUGCAUGUUAGAUCAGCUCUCACGGCAAUGGUAUAUCGGAAAGGACUCAGGCUUUCAAGUUCAGCCAGGCAAUGUCACUCGAGUGGGGAGAUCGUUAACUACAUGGCAGUUGAUGUACAAAGAGUCGGGGACUAUUCUUGGUAUCUACAUGACUUAUGGAUGCUUCCUCUUCAAAUUGUCCUUGCCCUUGCUAUUCUAUAUAAGAAUGUCGGGAUUGCCUCUGUUGCCACACUGAUUGCCACUAUUAUAUCCAUUGUUGCAACUGUCCCAUUGGCAAGGGUUCAGGAAGAUUACCAAGACAAGUUGAUGUCCGCCAAGGAUGAAAGGAUGAGGAAGACUUCCGAAUGCCUUAGGAACAUGAGGAUUCUCAAGUUGCAAGCAUGGGAGGAAAGGUACAGAGUUUUGCUUGAAGAUAUGCGAAGUGUGGAAUUCAAGUAUCUCCGAAAAGCUCUUUACUCACAGGCUUUCAUCACGUUUAUUUUCUGGAGCUCCCCUAUAUUUGUUUCAGCUAUCACUUUUGGCACUUGCAUUUUGUUAGGUGGUCAGCUUACAGCAGGAAGCGUUCUUUCUGCUCUCGCUACUUUUCGGAUCCUGCAAGAACCACUUAGGAAUUUCCCUGACUUGGUUUCGAUGAUGGCUCAGACAAAAGUCUCCCUUGAUCGAAUUUCUGGAUUCCUGCUGGAGGAAGAGCUGCCGGAAGAUGCUACUAUCGUUUUGCCACGAGGCAUUACAAAUGUGGCCAUAGAAAUCAAAGAAGGCGAGUUCUCUUGGGAUCCAUCAUCUCCAACCCCAACCCUAACCCUGUCAGGAAUUCAAAUUAGGUUGGAGAAGGGUAUGCGAGUGGCUGUCUGUGGUGUGGUUGGUUCUGGGAAAUCCAGUCUCCUUUCCUGCAUUCUCGGUGAGAUUCCAAAAGUCUCUGGCGAAGUUAGGAUUUGCGGUUCUGCUGCUUAUGUCUCUCAGUCAGCUUGGAUACAAUCGGGAAAUAUAGAGGAAAAUAUUCUCUUUGGGUUUCCUAUGGAUAAGGCAAAAUACAAGAGUGUUCUUCAUGCCUGUUCACUGAAGAAAGAUUUGGAGCUUUUCUCACAUGGUGAUCAGACCAUUAUUGGUGAUAGAGGCAUAAACCUUAGUGGUGGUCAGAAGCAACGAGUGCAACUUGCCAGAGCACUAUAUCAAGACGCAGACAUCUAUUUACUUGAUGAUCCAUUCAGUGCCGUAGACGCUCACACUGGUUCAGAAUUAUUUAAGGAAUACAUACUGACAGCCCUAGCGACAAAGACUGUGGUAUUCGUAACGCAUCAAGUUGAAUUUCUGCCUGCUGCUGAUUUGAUUUUGGUUUUGAAGGAAGGUCGUAUUAUUCAGGCUGGAAAAUAUGAUGAUCUUUUGCAAGCGGGGACUGAUUUUAACACAUUGGUCUGUGCUCAUCGUGAAGCGAUUGAGGCUAUGGAUAUUUCCAACCAAGCUUCUGAAGAAUCAGAUGAAAAUAAUCCUCUUGAGAGGUCUAUUAUCAUGAGUAAAAAGUGGGAUUCAGUUGCUAAUAAUAUGGAUGGCAUGGCAAAGGAAGUCAAAGAAAGCGCUUCAAUUUCAGACAAGAAAGCAAUGAAGGAGAAAAAGAAAGCCAAACGUUCUAGGAGAAAGCAACUCGUGCAGGAAGAGGAACGGGAACGAGGAAGUGUCAGCAUGAAAGUGUAUUUAUCAUAUAUGGCAGCUGCAUACAAAGGGAUGUUGAUUCCGCUUAUUAUUAUUGCACAAACACUAUUUCAGGUCCUUCAAAUAGCCAGUAAUUGGUGGAUGGCUUGGGCUAAUCCGCAAACCGCCGGGGACAAGCCAAAAACCAGUAGUGUGGUGCUUAUUGGUGUAUAUAUGGCACUUGCUUUUGGGAGCUCCUGGUUCAUAUUUGUCAGGGCAGUUCUGGUUGCUACAUUUGGUCUUGCAGCAGCACAGAAGUUGUUCUUGAAAAUGCUCAGAACAGUCUUUCGGGCACCAAUGUCUUUCUUUGACUCUACCCCAGCUGGACGAAUACUAAAUCGUGUGUCGAUUGACCAAAGUGUUGUUGAUCUUGAUAUUCCAUUCAGACUUGGUGGCUUUGCUUCAACAACAAUCCAGCUCGUUGGUAUUGUUGGUGUAAUGACAAAAGUUACCUGGCAAAUUUUGCUCCUCAUUGUUCCAAUGGCAAUUGCCUGCUUGUGGAUGCAGAAAUACUAUAUGGCUUCGUCAAGGGAACUCGUUCGCAUUGUUAGUAUCCAAAAAUCUCCGAUAAUUCAUCUUUUUGCCGAGUCAAUUGCUGGGGCAGCUACAAUAAGAGGUUUUGGACAAGAAAAGAGAUUCAUGAAGAGGAAUAUCUAUCUUCUUGAUUGCUUUGCUCGGCCUUUCUUCUGCAGCCUUGCAGCUAUUGAAUGGCUCUGCCUGCGUAUGGAACUGCUCUCGACAUUUGUAUUUGCUUUUUGCAUGGUUUUACUUGUGAGCUUCCCACAUGGGAGUAUAGAUCCAAGUAUGGCAGGACUUGCUGUGACAUAUGGUCUGAAUAUGAAUGCACGUCUAUCCCGAUGGAUUCUUAGCUUUUGCAAACUCGAGAACAAAAUUAUCUCCAUAGAAAGGAUUCAUCAAUACUGCCAUAUACCUGGUGAAGCUCCAGCAGUUAUUGAAGAUUUUCGUCCCCCAUCAUCUUGGCCAGAAAAUGGAACAAUUGAACUAAUUGAUUUGAAGGUUCGUUACAAGGAAAGCCUUCCUGUUGUGCUCCACGGCGUAUCCUGCACUUUCCCUGGUGGGAAGAAAAUAGGAAUUGUUGGGCGUACUGGUAGUGGUAAAUCCACUUUAAUUCAAGCUCUGUUUCGAUUGAUUGAACCAGUUGGUGGCAGAAUAAUUAUAGACAACAUUGAUAUCUCAAUGAUGGGCCUUCAUGAUCUUCGCAGUCGGUUGAGUAUCAUACCUCAAGAUCCAUCAUUGUUUGAAGGAACGAUUAGAGGAAACCUAGACCCACUCGAAGAGCAUUCAGAUCAAGAAAUUUGGCAGGCACUUGAUAAGUCUCAGCUGGGUGAGAUAGUUCGCCAAAAAGAGCAAAAACUUGAUACACCAGUGCUUGAAAAUGGAGAUAAUUGGAGUGUGGGCCAGCGGCAGCUAGUAUCUCUUGGUCGGGCUUUACUUAAGCAGGCAAGAAUUUUGGUGCUUGAUGAAGCUACGGCCUCAGUUGAUUCGGCCACAGAUAACCUUAUCCAAAAGAUUAUUAGGACAGAAUUUAAGGAUUGCACUGUUUGUACGAUUGCUCAUCGCAUUCCUACUGUUAUUGAUAGCGAUCUGGUUCUGGUCCUUAGUGAUGGUCGAGUUGCAGAGUUUGACACUCCAGCAAGAUUAUUAGAGGACAAAUCUUCCAUGUUUCUUAAGCUAGUAAUAGAGUACUCCUCGAGUCGAAGUCUUAGCUGGAAAAGCAAGAUGCAGGCCGUUUCGAGAAGACUAGGACACCAAUACAUCAAGCAAUCAUCUUCGAUUUCUUCCAUUUACUUUCUUUCUGAUCGGUAUUAUGGACUUGAGAAUCAGAGGUACCAAUCUACGCUUACCGCCGAAGGGGUGGGACAUCUAGUUCGUAAGGGCACUGGUGGAAGAUCGUCUGUUAGUGGAAUUGUUGCGACAGUGUUUGGGGCUACUGGAUUUCUUGGGCGUUAUCUUGUGCAGCAGCUUGCUAAAAUGGGUUCUCAAGUAUUAGUUCCUUUCCGAGGAUCUGAGGAUUCUCACCGACACCUCAAAUUAAUGGGUGAUUUGGGUCAGAUUGUUCCAAUGAAAUACGACCCUAGAGAUGAAAAUUCUAUCAAGGCAGCGAUGGCAAAGGCUAAUGUUGUCAUUAAUCUUAUUGGAAGGGAAUAUGAGACCAGAAAUUAUAGCUUUGAGGAAGUCAAUCAUCACAUGGCUGAACAGCUUGCAAUGAUUGCUAAAGAACACGGCGGCAUCAUGAGAUUUAUUCAAGUUUCUUGCUUGGGGGCUUCUCUAUCAUCUUCAUCCAGAUAUCUCAAGUCUAAAGCAGCUGCUGAAGAAGCUGUUUUAGGAGAGCUGCCCGAGGCCACAGUUAUGAAGCCAGCCGUGAUGGUUGGCACAGAGGAUCGAAUUUUAAAUCCGUGGGCGCAUUUUGCAAAAAAUUACAGCUUUCUCCCACUUAUAGGAGAUGGAUCUACCAAGAUUCAGCCAGUAUAUGUUGUUGAUGUUGCUUCUGCAAUUGUCGCUGCCUUAAAGGAUGAUGGUACCAGCAUGGGAAAAGUUUAUGAACUUGGUGGACCAGAUAUUUUCACUGUCCAUGAGUUGGCAGACCUUAUGUAUGACGUGAUCCGUGAAUGGCCUCGGUACGUGAAGAUUCCCUUUCCCAUUGCUAAGGCUAUUGCAAUGCCUCGAGAAAUAUUGCUUAAGAAAGUUCCCGUCCCAAUGCCUACCCCGACCAUCUUCAAUCUGGACCUGAUUGAAGCCCUUGCCACUGAUACUCUGGUGUCAGAAAAUGCUUUACAAUUUGAGGAUCUUGGGAUUGCGCCACAUAAACUGAAGGGAUAUCCAGUUGAGUUUCUUAUACAAUAUCGUAAAGGUGGUCCACAGUAUGGUUCUACAGUUAGUGAAAAAGUAACCCCGCAGUCAUGGUCUUGA